AUGACAGUACAGGACGAUCCGAAGGUCAUGCCUCAGACAGCAGCUACUAGAUCUCGAUUUAUGAUAACGGACAUCUUAAGUGGACCUGCUGAUGGGGCUGCGAUUAUCAGGGGCCGAUCUCCGAGUCCCGGUCCUAGGGACCUCUCGCUACACUCGAAUCCCAUACAUGAUAGUGAUACGGAUAGCUCCGGACAUCCUGAUAACUCUAGUAUUUGUUCAAACGGUCAAAACGGCGACGAUUCCUUAUCUUCAAAAAACGGUGCAAUAAGUAAAAAGCAAAGAAAAGCGCGUACGGCUUUCACGGAUCUUCAAUUACAAACGUUAGAAAAAAGUUUCGAACGACAGAAAUACCUCAGUGUGCAAGAUAGGAUGGAAUUAGCGGCAAAACUUAGUUUAACAGAUACGCAAGUGAAAACGUGGUACCAAAAUCGGCGGACGAAAUGGAAACGACAAACAGCGGUUGGCCUAGAACUUUUAGCAGAAGCCGGCAAUUAUGCAGCUUUCCAAAGACUGUACGGUGCUCCCGCAUACGGCUGCUGGUACCCUCCACAAACAGCCGGUCCCACCGCCGCUCCCAGCGCGGCGGACCUCUACUACAGACAAGCAGCAGCUGCCGCUGCUGCCACCUUACAAAAACCACUACCAUACAGGCUCUAUCCACCCACCAUGGGACUAGGAAUACCUGGACCAAGCGCACACAUAGGUUCUUUAGCAGCUAGUAGCUCGUUAAGUACACUUAGCAGUUACUAUUCGAGCCCGACGCCGGAAGGACCUUCACCGAGAUCUCCCAGUCCAGACACGCCGCUGGACCCGGGCUCUCCGGGUACGUUAGGCCGGAGGUCACCUUCGGAAGAUGAAGAUACGAUUCAUGUUUGA